CAAAGAUAUAUAUACUCCUACUAAUAUACUCAAUCAAUCAAUAGAUAGAUUAACACGUACGUAUAAAUGUAACCAACCCCAUCACUCCACAUUUCUCUUUCUUCUCUACAUCUUCAAUAACUCAACUCUUCUUCAAUGGCACCAAAUACAUUAACAAUAUUCUUCUUCUCCCUCCUCCUCCUCUCCACCACCACCUCCACCACCGUCAACCGCCGUACAAAACCCCAAUACCUAAAACUCCCAUUACUCCACAAAGACACAUUCCCUCCAUCACCUUCACACUCCCUCUCCUCUGAUAUCCAUCGUUUAAACACUCUUUACUCCUCCUUACACCACCGUAAACUCCACCGUUCAGCUAAGUUACCAUUAACAUCUGGUGCUUCAACUGGUAGUGGACAGUACUUUGUCGAUCUUCGAAUAGGUACACCACCACAAAGACUACUGUUAGUAGCUGACACUGGUAGUGAUUUAGUUUGGGUUACAUGUUCUGCAUGUAGAAACUGCUCUGCUAGACCUGCAAGGUCUGCAUUCCUUGCACGCCACUCUUCAACUUACAAACCCUACCAUUGCUACAACAAGCAAUGUAGGCUUGUACCUAACCCUAAUGGAGGCGCGUGUAGUCACACGCGCCUCCAUAGUCCAUGCAGAUACCAGUACUCGUAUUCAGAUGGAUCGGAGACGAAAGGUUUCUUUUCAACUGAGACAACUAUGCUUAAUGCAAGCUCAGGUAGACCAGUGAAGUUCAAGAAUUUUGCUUUUGGUUGUAGUUUUGAAGCUUCCGGUCCAAGUAUUACCGGUCCGAGUUUCAAUGGUGCACAAGGAGUUAUGGGUUUAGGCCGCGGUUCGAUAUCGUUAGCGAGUCAACUGGGCCGGCGGUUCGGGAACCGGUUCUCAUAUUGCUUAAUGGACUACACAAUGUCUCCGUCACCGACUAGUUAUUUGUUAAUCGGCAAGUCAACAAUGGUCAACUAUUCGAAGAAAAUGAGUUAUACGCCGAUGAUAAGUAAUCCAUUUACUUCGACGUUUUAUUACAUUGGUAUCGAAGGUGUUUAUAUAGAGGAUGUGAAGUUACGAAUUCGCCCUUCGGUAUGGGCAAUUGAUGAGAUGGGUAAUGGUGGGACAGUUAUGGAUUCAGGGACAACAUUGACAUUUCUAGCUGAGCCGGCUUAUCGGCUUAUAGUUUCGGCUUUUAAACGGCUCGUUACGCUUCCCGAAGCCGAUGAGCGGACUGCUGGGUUUGACCUAUGUGUCAACGUGUCGAGCGAGGCACGACCGAGUUUCCCUAAAUUGAGUUUCAGACUCGGUGGAAACUCGGUCCUCGCCCCGCCACCUGGCAACUACUUUAUCGAUACCGCGGAGGAUGUCAAAUGUCUCGCAUUGCAACCGCUAUCGGCCGCUUCCGGGUUCUCGGUCAUUGGAAACUUAAUGCAACAAGGGUUCAUGUUCGAAUUCGAUAGGGAUCGGUCAAGAAUUGGGUUCACCCGACAUGGUUGUGGUCAACCAUGAUAACUCGGUGAGUUAGAGUUAACUCGUCGAGUUACGGACUUUUUUUUUUUAUUUUUAUUUUUUUAUUUUUUUUUGUGAGAGCGUUGGGGGUACAUUUUUUUUUCCUUGUGGAAAUUAAUAUAAAUCGAUUUGUUGUUUGUGAAUUUUGUGUUAUAAAUAUAAUUUUUAUUUUUGUCGUUUUUUGUUAUUGUAUGAUUUUUAUAGGAAAGGGCCAAGAUAUGUUGGAGAGAGGAAAUAUAAUAUGUUUUUGUUGCUUUU